GGACACCGCAGGCUGCCCCUCCACCCGCGGCUGGGCCACAUGGCGCUGCGGGCUGGCUCCCUGGGCCAGACAGGGCCCGCGCUGAGCGACGUGGCCGAGCUGUGCGCGGCGCUCGAGGGGGACCGCGACGUCGUCCGAGGCGCCGGCGGGAGGCCCGCCGGCCCCGAGUCGGCGGACCUGAGGGUGCGGCUGCGGGCGCUGCAGGGCGAGCCCCCGGCCUCGAAGAGCCUGGAGAUCGUCCCCAGCAGGCGGGCCGAGGCCCUCCGCUCGGCCAGCGAGCUGCGCCGCAGGCUGCCGGGCACCGCGGGCAGCCUGCCGGUGGUGGACCCGGGGCCGCUGCUGGCCCUGGCGUAUCCGGAGCGCGUCGCGCGGCGCGGCGGCGGCGGCGAGUACGUUUUGCGCGACGGCACCUCGUGCAAGGUGAAGGACCCGGAGCUCCAGAAGGAGCCGUUCCUCGCGGUCGCGCGGCUCCAGAAGUCGGUGGUUGUGCUCGCGACGCCCCUGAAGGCCGCCGAUGCUGCAGCUGCGAUGGUCCAGCGAGAAGUGGUGUAG